AACACAUGGGGCAAUGGACAAUGUAAACAAUGAUUUCGCUAUAAACUAACCACCGAGAUGAACGCUUCUGCAGAAAUAGAGCAGUUUUUUGGUGUGUAUUUAUUGUAUAAUGUUAACCCACAAUUCAAAGGGCGGACUUAUAUUGGAUUUACAGUGAACCCUAACAGAAGAAUUCAGCAACACAACAAAGGUAAACAGGCAGGCGGUGCAUGGAGAACUCAUGGCCGCGGACCCUGGGAAAUGGUGCUCAUCAUCCACGGGUUCCCUAAUGAAAUAUCAGCCUUACGGUUCGAAUGGGCGUGGCAAAAUCCAAAGAAGUCCAGAAGGUUAAAACAUUUGCCAGCAAAAACCAAGAAGGAGAACCAGUUUCAAUACAGAUUUCGGAUUGUUUCCGUCAUGUUAAACACUUGCCCCUGGUGCAGGUUUUCCCUUACCAUCAGAUGGUUAAAACAACAAUACAAACAAGACUUUCCUUUAGAAUUCAGUCCACCAGCACACAUGCCAAUAGCUUAUGGUCCAGUUAGGAUAAAAAAGAAUGCUUCAAAUAGCAGCAAAAGCAAACCUGAAGUGUCAGAGGAACUACAACUAGAAAAUGAUGAAGAAUUCUUAAGUCUUUUAAAGAGAAAUGAAAAACAUAUCCGAUGUAGUAUUUGUAGACAACGAAUGAAGGACAAUGAUACUAUACUUAAGUGCAUUCAUCCACAAUGUUCAAUGCAGGCCCACAUAAUCUGCCUUGCCAAGAGAUUUCUCACAAACCAGCCAGGGGAGCUAAUCCCAGUGGAUGGGAAAUGUCCAAUGUGUAAAGCAGUUGUUCUAUGGGGAGACUUGAUCAGAGCCAAACAAGGCUGCUACCAAAACCUGGAGGAAUGCACGAGUGCAGAGGAAGAUGCAGGGGAGGACUGGACAGAACAACUGCAGAGUCAGGUCACUUGAUGUUUGUCCAUCGGCAGUGCAUAUAUAGACUAUUUAUAGACUUAGGAGACUAGCUAAAAUGGCAGCAAGUCAGACUUGACUAUCUAGCAUCUCAUCGAGCAUGCAAUUCUGUAAAAAUAUGUAAUAGGUUUGGUAGAUAAAACAAUUUACAGUCCA